CUGCCGCCGCCUUCGGUGGACGCCCUGCCUGGGCGGAGCCCUAUAAGAAAGAGACACUGCGCGGGGUCCGGCUUCGGCUCCUUCGGCGGCGGCAGCAGCAGCAGCAGCAGGAAAACCACCAUGGCCGGAGCAGCCCCCGCGCGCAGCGCGCUGAUCGUCCUGGCGCACCCGGAGCGGAGCUCCUUCAACUUCGCCAUGCAGGAGGCGGCGGCCGAGGCGCUGCGCAAAGCCGGCUGGCGCGUCGCCCUCUCCGACCUCUACGCGCAGAAGUUCGACGCCGUCCUGUCCCGCGCCGAUGUCACUGGCGCCCCGAAGGACCCCGACCGCUUCAACUAUGUGGCGGAGGCCGGGCUGGCCUGGAAGGAAGGCCGCCUCCGCAGCGACAUCGUGGCCGAGCAGAAGAAGCUGGAGGCCGCCGACCUGGUCAUCUUCCAGUUUCCCGUCCAGUGGUUUGGGGUACCAGCCAUCCUGAAAGGGUGGUUUGAGCGGGUCCUCACUUCCGGCUUUGCCUACUCCUACAGUGCCAUGUAUGAGCAGGGGCCCUUCCAGAAAAAGAAGGCGCUGCUCUCCUUCACCACUGGUGGGAUGGGGUCCAUGUACACCCCUGAAGGCAUCAACGGAGACAUCAAUAUCCUCCUGUGGCCAAUACAGAGCGGCACCCUCCAUUUCUGCGGCUUCCAAGUCCUGGAGCCACAGAUUGCCUUCAGUAUCGGCCACACACCACCAGAUGCCCGCUCCCAAAUUUUGGAGGGAUGGAAAAAGAGACUGGCCACCAUCUGGGAGGAGAAGCCCCUCCGCUUUGUCCCAAACAGUAGCUUUGACAUGAGCUUUGCUGGGGGCUUUGUCCUGAAGAAGGAAGUCCAAGAGCAGCAGAAGGAGAAGAAAUACGGGUUGGCGGUGGGUCAGCACCUGGGCAAGCCCCUCCCGCCUGACAGCCAAGUCAAAGCCCAGCAGGCAUAGUCCCUCUGGGGCACUGCAGGCUUGGCUUGCGGGGGGGGGGGGGCCUUCCCUGGCCGGCUGCUCAGCAGGACUUGGCCCUCCUCCUUGGGGUUGGGUCACACACUACUGUCUCCCCUCCUUCUUGUGGGUCCUCCUCCAAGGACCCGGAUUCAGUGGAGUCUGGCUCAGCACGGGGCCUGUCUGCGCAAGGGGCAGUGCUGCUAGCCGUGCUCUCCGCUGAUGUCCCUCCUUGCCCCGGCUUUUCAGCACAACUCUCUCUGUCCUGUCGGGUCCUCCACUCUGGCAAGUUGGCCAGCAUUUGAGGCUAGUAGAAAAAGCAGAGGGCCACACUCCCAACCAUAUGUUGGUGUGGGGCAGGGCUGCUCCACUCUGGCCCUCUUGAAGCGGUUGGACUGCAACUCCCUUCAUCCCUCUUGCCUCGGGGGCUGGGGAUGAUGGGAGUUGUAGUCCCAACAGCAGCUGGAGGGCCACAGUUGGGCAGCCUUGCAGUGGGAUAAGCCCCAGCCUUAAGCCCUCUUACCUCAGUAACGGAAAAUGGGUAAGGAACCUCUUUCAUUCCACCUCGGAGAAAUCCGUGGGCUUUCAUGGGUUCUAAGGAACACACAAAAUAGAUGGGAAAGAAAAGGGUUUUAAAAAUACUGACUGUGGCAACUGUCUUGAUGCAAACAGCCGAAUUGGAAAUAAAGGCACUCAGAAGCACA